CGGGCUGCUCGGUGCACGCGCAUCCUUCGCGCAACGCGUUUUGAGCACGGCAUCCCGCAGCCUGCAUGUCUUUGACGGAGCCCCUGAUCCAGGAUGUUUCCAGGCGACUUUGCGAAGAAGCUCUGUCUGGUCUGACUGUGGAGUGUGACAAGCGUUUCGUGGGCUCCGAUGUUUCGACCAUUGACGAGUCGGCCAAGGACCAGGGCAUGGACGUGAAGAAGGACCAGCCAGAGGAGUUGGCCGGGGACGCGGUGGCCACCGGCGCUGUGCAGGAUUUGCGGAGGUUGCCGAGUGCUGCUCUGGUCGUUCAAUCUUUGGACGAGCAUGAGGAGGAAGAUGAGGCGGCCAACCAAAUGCACCGCGCGGCGUUGUCGCCCAUCGGCAGUCCCAGAAGAUGCAAGCAGCAGCCAGGGCUGGGCAUGGACGAUGUGGAGCUUAUGACCGGAGCGGAGGCCACCUUCACUGUGGUGAACUUCCUGAUGAACGUGGGCCUCUUCACCUUGCCCUGCCUCUUUGCACGGCACGGCUGGUUCGCAGGCGUCAUCGUCAUUUGCGGGGGCGUUGCUUGCACCUACACCGCCCUGAAGCUGCAAGAGAGUUUGGUGACGCUCAUCAGGAUGGGCAUCCCGCUGCCAGACUACCCGGACCUGGCGCGAGAGGCGAUCGGACCUCGCUUCGCCUUGUUGGCCAAUGCAGUUGCCUGGGCCGAGAUCUUCGGCUACGUGUGCUGCAACAUCAUCGCGCUGGCCAACGGCAUCUCGGCGAUCUUUCCCAGCCUUACUGGUCCGAAGUCUUUGUUGGUGACCACCGGACUUGGGGUGGCGAUGUCCGCCAUGACGGACCGUCAGUACGCCUACCUGGCGCUGACCUCCGCCGGCGCGGUGGCGGCGCUCUUCGCGGUGGUCCUCGUCUGGGGCUUCGAGUUGGACUCCUGGGACGCGCCCAGCCUUUGGCUGCGGGACGCCGCCUCGCUGCCGGCCUCCUUCGCCCUGGUGAUCUUUACCGCCGGCACGCAUCCGUUGUUGCCCUGCGUGAUGCACAGCACCCGCUCUCGUACGGAGUACAGGACAUCUUUGGUCCGCGCCUGGACCAUCUUCACUGGAUUUACGGUCCUCACUGGAGGAGCCAUCUUCUAUAUGUAUGGCCACUCCGUUCGGCCUCUCAUCACCGACAACAUCGGCCGGGACUUAGCGCUGCACAAGCAGCCAGGAGGCCGCGCCAUGCACCGUAGCGGCGGCAUCUGGGUGCUGGUGAAGCUGACUGGGAGCCUGGUUCCCUGCACACGGCCAGUGAUCUCCGCCAUGGCCAGGCAGCUUCGGGUGCAACUCCCCGCCGGCCACGGGGGAUGGAAGACCAUGGCGCUCACCGGGCCCUUGCUCUGCGCGAUCGCGGCGCUGGCGUGGCCUCUGUCCGACUACGUGGAGUCCUUCGAGAGCCGCUCGAACGCCGAAGCGGUGAGGGCGCUGUCGGCUCCGUGGUCACCGGCUUCAAUGCCAUGCUCUUCCCCAGUCUGACCUACCUCAAGAUCUGUCAGCCUCGGGAGCUUCGGAAUCAGCUGCCGGCGGCCCUCUUCAUGGCCAUAGGCUUGGCGCUGCCGCUCUCCGCCCUGCCGCGGCUGUUUUUGGGCCUCUCCGAGUGAGGGAGCUCCGGCGACCCUAUUUCCGAAAGAGGAUGGCAUCCCGGAUGCUAAGAAGAGGCCGCUUCCAUUUGCCU